CAACGGAACAUAGAGAAAAUACAAGCAGACAACUCAUUAGCUCGAACUUCUUCCAAUAUAAAAACCCUAAUUUUCCCCAACUUGUAUUCCGUUUUGCUCUACCGACCCCCACCCCACCCCCGCCCCAAACCAGGCGAUCAACCACCAUUCUUUCUCUGCCAACAGAUUGAUCAAUCUGACUUCCUAUCAACUCAAUAUGACUCAUUCAUACUGUUGAUUAUCACUCACAUUCUUGCUCAGUGACUCCAAUGUCUGCCGGUCUCACAGUCUCUUUGCUUCUCCUGCUUCUCUCUAUCGGCAAUGUCUCAGCUGCGGAGCAGGAAGUCAGAUCGCUAUUGGAGUUCAAGAAAGGCAUUAAGGACGACCCUUUGAACAAAAUCUCCGGGUCGUGGAAUCAGACGCGUAUUUCGGAUCUGAAUUCCUGCCCCGACAACUUCUACGGGGUCUCUUGCGAAUCCGGCUCAGUCACCGCCAUUUCCCUUGACGGCCUCGGCUUAGCUGGCGAACUGAAGUUUUUUACCCUCAAUGGUCUUAGGCAGCUCAGAAACCUCAGCCUUUCUGGCAAUUCAUUCACGGGUCGGGUCGUACCCUCUUUGGGCUACAUGACGUCACUGCAGUACUUGGAUCUCUCCGGGAACCAGUUCUACGGCCCUAUCCCUGCCCGUAUCUACGAUCUCUGGGGCUUGAAUCAUCUCAAUCUGUCGAAUAAUAAUUUUAGCAAGGGUUUUCCAAGCGGAAUUAGGAAUUUACAACAGUUGAGAGUGCUGGAUUUGCAUUCCAAUGGGCUAUGGGGCGAUGUACAGGAGGUCCUAUCUGAGCUCAGGAAUGUGGAAUACCUGGAUUUGAGUGGAAAUUUGUUCUUCGGGUCACUCUCAGUUAGUCGAGAAAACGUGUCUAGCUUGGCUAAUACUCUGCAGCACAUGAACUUGAGCCAUAACAAAUUGGCCGGCGGGUUUUUUACAGAAGAUUCCACCCACAUGUUUCAGAACUUGCAGGUUUUGGAUUUGGGGAACAACGGGUUAAUGGGGCAACUUCCUUCAUUUGGAUCCUUUCCGAAUAUGAAGGUCUUAAGACUGGGAAAUAACCAGUUCUAUGGCUCAAUUCCUGACAAGCUUUUACAGGAUGGGUUGGUGGAAUUGGAUCUCAGCGGCAAUGGAUUUUCAGGCUUGCUUGAGAAAGUAAAUUCAACUACUUUGAGGACUUUAAACCUUUCAUCAAAUUUCCUGUCUGGUUUUCCCUCUUCCAUAGGAAAUUGUUUGACUGUUGACUUGAGUAGGAAUAAGCUCACUGGUGAUGUAUCUGCAGUUGAAGGCUGGGAAGCAGACCUUGAAGUUUUAGACCUGAGCUCAAACCAGUUGACUGGCAUUCUUCCUAAUUUGACUUCUCAUUUUCAACAGUUGACUUUUUUAAGCAUCCAAAAUAAUUCUGUCACAGGGAACCUCCCUCCUUUUCUUUUGGCAUCUUCAAGACUGGCCAUAGUCGAUCUUAGUGCCAAUGAACUGAAUGGAGCUAUUCCACCUAUUUUCCUGGCUUCUUCAUCCCUGUUGAACCUCAAUCUUUCUGGAAAUCACUUGACAGGCUCAAUCCCUCUUGGAGGCUCACACACCAAAGAGCUCCUUGUCCUACCUUCAUUUCCUCCAUUGGAAAGUCUUGAUCUCUCAAGUAAUUCCUUGACAGGUUCUUUGCCUCCUGACAUAAGUAACCUAGCCAGGCUUAAAGUGCUAAAUCUUGGGAGAAACAACCUUACAGGAGCCAUUCCUUCUGAAUUGACUAAGAUUGGUGGGUUAGAGUAUCUUGAUUUAUCAAAUAAUAAUUUCAGGGGAAGUAUCCCAGAUAAUCUCCCUUCAAAUCUUAGGGUGUUUAACGUGUCCUACAAUGAUUUAAACGGAACUAUCCCUAAGAACUUGAGAGGAUUUCCCAAUACUUCAUUCCGUCCUGGGAAUUUUUGGCUUAGCUUGCCGAACAAGUUACCAUUUGGUAAUUAUACUGGCCCACUACAAGGUAGCAGCAGGCGUCAUGGCUCUAAAACAAGCAUAAAGGUAGCAAUUAUUGUUGCUUCGGUUGGGGCAGCUAUAAUGAUUGCCUUCGUUCUACUGGCUUAUCGUCGAUCCAAACUUCAAAACUUUCGGUCUCAAAGUGGGUUCAGCAAUCAGUCUGAUGGUAGGGAUGUUAAACCCGGAAUUUUCAACCGGCCUUCACUUUUCAAAUUUCAUGGGAGCUCAGAGCCACAUCCAACAACAUCCAUAAGUUUUUCCAAUGACCAUCUUUUAACAUCAAACUCUAGAUCACUUUCUGGGAGAAUAGAGUCCACCACAGGAAUUGUUGAGAAUGUGUUUGCCGGAGGUGUGCCAGCUGGACAAAGAUUCUCUCCUGGUUCGCCCAUAGCUUCUUCUCCCCACUUUAUUGAUUCAAUUGAACAACCUGUGACUCUGGAUGUGUAUUCGCCGGAUCGUUUGGUUGGAGAGCUCUUCUUCCUGGACGGUUCCAUCACAUUCACAGCAGAGGAGCUAUCUCGAGCCCCUGCUGAAGUUCUUGGUAGAAGUAGCCAUGGAACUUUGUAUAAAGCUGUCCUAGGUAAUGGGCAUGUGCUGACCGUUAAAUGGCUACGUGUUGGUUUAGUCAAAGACAAGAAAGAGUUUGCAAGGGAAGUUAAAAAGAUGGGAUCAAUAAGACAUCCAAAUGUUGUUCCUCUGCGAGCUUAUUACUGGGGCCCAAGAGAACAAGAGAGGCUGGUUUUAGCUGACUACCUUCCAGGGGAUAGUUUGUCCCUACAUCUAUACGAGACAACACCUCGUAAAUAUUCCCCAUUGUCCUUCAGCAAGAGGUUGAACAUUGGUGUUGAAGUUGCUCGGGGUCUAGCAUUCCUGCACGAAAAAGGCUUGCCCCACGGCAACUUGAAGCCCACAAAUAUAAUCUUAGUGGGCCGCAAUUACAGUGCCCGCGUAACAGACUAUGGGCUCCACCGCCUGAUGACACCAAGCGGCAACGCGGAGCAGAUCCUAAACCUAGGGGCUCUUGGAUACCGGGCGCCCGAGCUUGCAAAUGCAACCAAACCGGUCCUCACUUUGAAGGCCGAUGUGUACGCUUUUGGGGUGAUUCUGAUGGAACUGCUGACAAGAAGAAGUGCGGGUGACAUCAUCUCGGGUCAGCCAGGGGCCGUUGAUCUCACGGAUUGGGUCUCUCUGUGCAAUCAAGAGGGCAGGGGAAUGGACUGUAUUGACCGAGACAUAGCGGGAGGGGGGGAAGUAGAACAGCACUCUAAAGCCAUGGAUGAACUGCUUGCCAUAUCCUUAAGAUGCAUUCUUCCUGCCAACGAAAGGCCUAACAUCAGACAAGUCCUUGAUGAUCUCUGUUCCAUAUCUGUGUGAUGCCUUUAUUUUGUUUGUAAAUGUCUGUCUCUUUCUUGGUGGUAGCAGUAAUUCUUUCUCAUCAGUAACCAAUUGCUUCAAUUG